UAAUAAGUUUCAAAGAGAGUGAGUCGUAAGGAUCAGAAUUGCACGGACCUCAGUCUUCGCACACGUACCCCUAACUAUAGCGGUCAGUCAUUGAAGCCAAGCCAUGGAGCAAUCUCUCGGUCUGGGAAAACCCCAUAGCCAGUAUGUAGUCAGCGAUGUUUUAGGAAUCGAGAGCCUAGCAACUUCCUCCUCUAAGUUCCCCUCUUUGGUUUACAGAAGCUAUCAGACUCAAUCGGCAGAUCUCCAAGCACCAUCAGAUCCUCAAGGACAUGUUGAUGGUGAAAGCUCUGCCACAGUAAGAAGAAAACAACGUAGAAAUCGUACCACAUUUACGAAACAACAGUUACAAGAGCUGGAAAAAGUUUUCGAGAAAAAGCAUUACCCAGAUAUCGCCCUCCGAGAAGAGCUUGCUGCCAAGAUUAACAUCAGCGAGGCGCGAAUUCAGGUUUGGUUCCAAAAUAGAAGAGCUAAAUGGCGAAAGAGACAAAAUCCGUCACAGGGUUUUACGAAAAAAGUUCGCUAUCAAAGCGAAAAACUUGGACCGCACCUGCCCAUAGCUCCCCGACCAAGUAUUCCCUGUGGACCACCUAACUACUUUCUUGGUUUACCGGGCGCAGUUCCUGUGAGCGCCCAUCACCACACAUAUCCAGGAAUUUUGACUUCUCUUAACGCUACAAAUUCCAAUUACAUGUCUUCAUCGCAGCUACCGAUGCACAACGGUACGCUAUGGCCUUGUCAAGGCGCUGCUUUCUCAAGCCAUGCCGAACAACCUAAGAUGGCGCUCGAAGCGUUGAGAAUGAAAGCGAAGUCACAUGCCUCUUCAAUGUCUGCGUUUGAAUUCGUACCUUCGUACCAUUAGUUCACGACAUAAGGUAACUCGCUGAGCGAGAAAAAAAAAAAAAAAAACAAGUGAGCGAGGUCGGUCCACUGAUGUAAAGUCAACCGAGAUUGUUGUUUUUGACAAACAUUUGAAAUAGCCAAAGAUUAACUUGAAAUGUCAAGAUGAAGAAAAGUAGAAAAGUUCGAGAACUUUAGUGCAAAUAGUAGGAUUUUGAUGCGAGUAUUUCCUUUUAGCUAAGUCAGUGGAAAUACGAACUCUUUCGGUUGAAAAGAGAAUUGUAAAAUUACCGAAAAACAAUCAAGGAAUACUAGAUGAAUUUACGAUCAUUUGUGGUAUAUUAGAUUUUUAUAUUAUCAAAAAAUUACGAGACAUUUUAUCACGAAAGUUUGCACCUUGGUAGGGUAUUAAGCUUUAUCCAGUAUAAAAUAAGAACGUACUUUAUUUAGAUGUACUUUAUGUCUAUUUGCGCUAUUAGUAAAUUUUCUUUUGAAAGACUGUCAGUGGAACCUCAUUAAUGAAGCUGUGAAUACUUCCAAGGCUUUUGCGCUUCGCCCCGCCUGAAACACACAAGCCCUGAGGUGCUAACACACCUAAAGCAAGUACAUUUCCACUAGUGAUUUCAAUAACUGUAUUAUCCAGAAACUAAAACAACAUUAACGCCCUCGUGCCACACAUAAGAAGAAAAGAUGAGUGUUAUUCUAUGAGAAAAGAUUUACUUUGACUUCAUAAACAGAAGAGGAACAUUAAAACUUCUACAGGGACGAAACUCAGUCAAUGACUUUUAGUUCCUAUGUAUUUUCGGUGUCAUAGUAGUGAACUAAAUUCAUGACUCUUAUCAAUGUAUAGUUUGCUUUUGCGCUGAAUCAAUAAUUUAUCAAUGCUAAAUUUAUGCUAUGGACAUAAAGAGAAUGCUCAGAAAUACGUCAGUAACAAAUAGCGUGCAUUGUUAAUAGAAAUGGGAGAACGGACAAGUUUUCUGACAUCUCAGACUUAAACGAAGUUUAUCUGUUGUCUCAUAAAACAACAAACCGACACUAUUCAUAUUACUUUGAAAUAGAAUAACCACGUAACUUUUCAUACUUCACCGAAAUAAUCCAUUAGAUCAAAUUUUCACAAUAAAGGAAAUUAAACACUUUAUAGUGAUGCGACCGUGUUCCCCUUAAAAAGACAAUAAUUACAACAACGUUUACUUAACGGAGGCGCAGUGUUAGGUUCGUUCGGAAGUCCUCUCGGAUAUGUGCAAACUUACACAAAUGUUUGAUAAGUUACAUAGUUAUAGACAAUCUCGCAACCAAGACUGAAAUGAUGUAAAAAGCAGGAAAAAUUCAAAUAAAAGCACUUACAAAAACGUUA